AUGUCCACCCAAGCCGCUCUCCGUCUUACCAGCCGCGACUCGUGGGAACGACUCGCGGCAUUCCAAGAGCCCCGACCCACAGCCGGCAAGCACGAGGUCCUCAUCAAAGUGCGAAGCGUUGCACUGAACUUCCGGGACAUUGCAAUUGCCACUAGCAAAUAUCCAUUCCCGGUCAAGGAUCAGGUUGUUCCUGGCUCCGAUGCAGCGGGUGACAUCGUCACCGUUGGUGAGGGUGUCACUGGGUUCACCGCUGGUGACAAGGUCGUCACCUCUUUUGAUCAGGCAACCCAUUAUGGUCCGAUCAAGAACUGGGAGAAUGGGCUUGGUGGACCUAUCGACGGUGUUUUGAGAGAGUACAUCUCUGUCCCUGCUCACUCUGUCGUCAAGGUCCCUCACGGCUCCUCUCUGAGUUAUGCCCAAUGGGCUAGCAUUGUCUGCACGGGCACUACGGCUUGGAACUCGCUGUAUGGAGCUUCCCCAAUUAAGCCCGGUCAGAGCAUUUUGUUCCAAGGCACUGGUGGUGUGUCUAUCACCGGUCUUAUCCUAGCCAAGGCAGCCGGUGCUAAGACAAUCAUCACUUCUUCAUCCGAUGAGAAGCUGCGAUAUGUCAAGGAGAAGUAUGAUGUCGACUACACCAUCAACUACAAGACGACACCGAACUGGGCCGCCGAGACGCUGAAGAUUACCGAGGGCCAAGGUGUGGAUUACAUCUUCGAGAACGGUGGUGCUGGCACUAUCAAGCAGUCCCUUGAAGCCAUUGCCUACGGCGGUGUCAUCUCUGUUAUCGGCUUCCUCGCUGGCAUUCCCCAAGAGGAAAUGCCCGACGUUUCACUUCUCGCUUUGGGCAAGGGUGCGAUUGUGCGCGGUAUCAUGGUUGGCUCGAAGCAGCAGUUGGAAGAGGCGGUUCGUUUCGUCGGUGAAAAGAACCUCGGACUACCCGUGGAGAAGACUUUCAAGUUCACCCGGGACCAGGUUGUGGAGGCCUAUACCUAUCUCACGAGCGGCCAACAUAUUGGAAAGGUGUGCAUUGAUUUUUGA